CGUCUCGGAGCGAUUGUCCUCGCCCGGCUCUCAUAUGCCCGCCGCCGCUAUCCGCCGUCCCGGUCCCCGACAACGAUAACACCCGCGCCGGGUCCAUCCAGGAGGGUCCGCGCCCUCGACGCUGCGUCGACAGCAUGAAGAUACCGACAGCCGCGGCGCUCCUGGGUCUUGCAGCCUCCGCAGCAGCCUCUGGCGUGCUCCCUCGGCGUUGGGAUGUGAACGACUACUACGUGCUCCGUCUCGAUGCGAACACGUCACCCCACGAGGUCGCCCGGAGCCUGGGGCUCUCCCACGAAGGACCGUUGGGGGAGCUGAAAGGCCACCACGUCUUCGUUGCCAAAAAGUCAGAACACGACGUUGUCAAGCGGGCGUUGGCCGAGAGACGGAGGAGGCGAUCGCUCGGCGAAAGGCACGUCCUGGACGGCGUGCUCUUCUCCGAAAAACAGGUCUUGCGGCGGCCAUGGGCAAAGCGCGUCAUCCCCCAACGCCGUGGCCCCGUCCCGCUGUCCGACGCCGCCAGGGCCCAGGGCCGUCCGGUGCAAUCCGCCGUCCAGGCGCAGGCAGAGGUUGCCCGCGCGCUGCAGAUCACCGACCCCAUCUUCCACGAGCAGUGGCACUUGUUCAACACGAUCCAGCUCGGCCACGACGUGAAUGUCACGGGCGUGUGGCUACAAGGGAUUACCGGCAAGAACGCCACCGUCGCCAUUGUGGACGACGGUCUGGACAUGUACAGCGAUGACCUUAAACCGAACUACUACGCCGCCGGGUCCUACGACUUUAACGACAAGACCGCCGAGCCGAGGCCUCGCUUGUCCGAUGACAAGCACGGCACCCGCUGCGCCGGCGAGGUCUCGGCUGCGAAGAACAAUGUCUGCGGCGUGGGCGUGGCAUACGACUCCAAGAUCGCCGGCCUGCGCAUCUUGUCCAAGCUGAUCUCGGAUGCCGAUGAGGCCGUGGCUAUGAACUACGACUUCCAGCACAACCAGAUCUACUCGUGUUCCUGGGGCCCGCCCGACGACGGUCGGAGCAUGGACGCCCCAGGCAUCCUCAUCCGCGCCGCCAUGCUGAAUGGCGUGCAGAACGGUCGGCAGGGCCUUGGCUCUAUCUACGUCUUCGCCAGCGGCAACGGCGCCCAGGCCGAGGACAAUUGCAACUUUGACGGCUACACCAACAGCAUUUACAGCAUCACGGUUGGCGCCAUCGACAGGACGGGUCAGCAUCCGUACUACUCCGAGAAGUGCUCCGCCGGCUUGGUCGUGACCUACUCGAGCGGCAGCGGCGACGCCAUCCACACGACCGACGUUGGUCAGAAUGCCUGCUACAACGGCCACGGCGGCACCUCGGCGGCGGCGCCGCUGGCAGCCGGCAUCUUCGCCCUAGUCCUGCAGGUCCGCCCAGAUCUGUCGUGGCGAGACAUGCAGUACCUCGCCAUGGACACUGCGAUCCCCAUCAACCUCGAGUCGGGCGACUGGCAGGACACUGCGAUCGGCAAGAAGUUCAGCCAUACCUUCGGCUACGGCAAGCUGGACAGCUACGCCAUCGUCGAGGCCGCCAAGACGUGGAAGAACGUGAAGCCGCAGGCCUGGUUCUACUCUCCCUGGAUCCAUGUCAACCAGGACAUUCCCCAGGGCGACAAGGGCGUUGCCGUGCCCUUCGAAGUGACCGAGGAGAUGCUCAAGGAGGCCAACCUGGAGCGGCUGGAGCAUAUCACGGUCACUAUGAACGUUGAGCACGGCCGGCGGGGUGAUCUGAGCGUGGAUUUGAUUAGCCCUAGCGGGGUUGUCAGCCAUCUCUCCGUCACCCGCAAGUACGAUGAUUCCCCCGACGGUUAUAAUGACUGGACCUUCAUGAGCGUGGCUCACUGGGGCGAAACCGGCAUCGGCACCUGGACAAUCAUCGUCAAAGACACCAACGUCAACGCCUUCAGCGGCAAGUUCAUCGACUGGCACCUCAAGCUCUGGGGCGAGUCACGCGACGCAUCCAAGGCCAAACUCCUCCCGAUGCCCACUGAGCACGACGACGACGACCACGCGCUCAUCGCCACCACCACCAUCCCCGCGACCUUCACCACCAUCGGCCCGAACCCGGCCCCCGCAACCGACUCGGAAACGCCAGUCAAGCCAACCGACCACCCGGACCGCCCUGUCAACGCCAAACCCACCCCCACCUCCUCCACCGCCACCGUCCCGCCGCCCACCGAAGAGGAGGAGAAUCUCCCCUCCGAAUCCUCCGCGCCCGGCAGCAGCAACAGCAACAACAGCACCUGGCUGCCGUCGUUCCUGCCCACCUUCGGCGUCUCGGCCGCCACCCAGGCCUGGAUCUACGGCUCGCUCGUGCUCAUCGUGCUCUUCUGCGCCGGCCUCGGCCUGUACCUGUACCUGGCCCGCCGCCGCCGCCUGCGCAACAACCCGCGCAACGACUACGAGUUCGAGCUGCUCGACGACAACGACGACGAGGAGGCCGCCGCCGGCGGGGAGAAGGGCGGCGCCGCCGCCGGUGGUGGUGCUGCUGCUGCUGCCGCGGGCCGGAGGGGCCGCAGCAGGCGGACUACCACCACCCGCGGCGGCGAGCUGUAUGAUGCCUUUGCCGGCGAGAGCGACGAGGACGAUGACGACGAUGAUGAUUUUGGCGGCGCGGAGCACUACCGCGAUCGCGUCGAUCGUGCCGCCGGGGCGGAGGGCGCCGCCGGCUCGCCUGCUCCGGUGAACGAGAAGGUGCCGCCCGGUAGGGAUAGCCUUGAGUCAGAGGAGGAGGAGGGCCAUCAUGUUAUUGGGGACGACGACGACGACGAGGACGAGGAUGAGUCCGGGGAUGAUGAGCAGCGGCAUGAGGCGCGGCCGUUGCAGGGUGGUGCGCACCGUUAGGCUGGGUGUUGUUGUCUUAAGUUCUGUUUGUCUGUCUGCCGGCCGGUCUGUCUGCCGCUGCCGGCCUGUCUGCCUGUUGUCUAGGGCUGGUUGAAUCGCGAAAGGGAUCUGGAUUGUGCGGCUUAGUACCUACGUAAGGUAGGUAGUCAGUUACCUAGUGUCUUUCCGUUUGUAUAGAUCCAUGUAUAGCUGUCUGAAUGGCGCGGUAGGACUGGAAUUUACUUU